AGUUUAGUGCCUAGUUCAGUGCCACUCAUGCAAGGCUGCGGCGGCCAAUAUAUCAAAACAAAUCGCGAAAAAAAUCACGAGUAUCACGAAAAUUUAAAACAAAACAAAUAAAAAUAACACAAAAAAAAACUUUAAGUAAUUAAUAUAUUAGUGAUUUUUUUGGACUGUAUUAUGUGCUAAGGACUUAUCGAGAUGGAAACGUGUGUACUGAUCCCGCAGGAAUUCAGCUUGUGCGUCAGGAGUGCAGGAUUGGGUAGCAGAAGAGAGCCUGAGGUGUCGGUAUGGUCGAAUACUGAAAUUUCGCAAGGGACUGUUUGUUAUCCGUUUCAAGGGACAAUUAGAAUCGAUAAGCUUGAAGUGUAUGGACAAUUAGAGGAUGACGAUAUUAGGCAUCGAUUUGGUUGCUACGACGAAAUCUCACUCACAGGUUCCCGAAAAAUACGACAUUGCAACUGGGUACGUUUCGUAAGAGUGGCCAAUGCUUUCAAUCCAGCAGUCAACUUCGUAGCGACGAAAGUCCGGGGGGAACCAGUCUACGAAGCUGUUAAACCCAUCGCACCUGAUACAGAGCUUUUGGUGUACUACUUACCGGAAAGGCCCGAAGAGUUGUUUUUCGUUAGGAUGAGGGCGUCUUUGUACAGGCAGACGAUGGAUUCGAUAUUAGAAGAUUCUCCCCUCGACCUUUCAAUGUCACUUCUUUCUCGAGCUCUAGCGAGUUCACCACCAUCGGCUGAAGACGAACGGAAAUCUGUGUCUGGAGACAGUUCUGCAGCAAGUUCUCAGGGCGAUCUACCAGAAACGGCAGUACCUACUCCUAGGGCGAGGCCACGGGAAAGGACCCUUCUGCCUUGUGGUGUCUGUAGUAAAGCCUUCGAUAGACCGUCCUUGCUCAAAAGGCAUAUGAGGACGCACACAGGAGAAAAGCCCCACGUAUGCAUGGUAUGUGGAAAAGGAUUUAGCACAUCAUCUUCUUUAAACACACAUCGAAGGAUACAUAGCGGAGAGAAGCCACAUCAAUGUCCUGUAUGUCUGAAACGAUUCACAGCAUCAUCGAAUUUAUACUACCACCGCAUGACACAUAUAAAGGAUAAACCACACAAGUGUAACUUAUGCAGCAAGUCAUUCCCCACCCCCGGCGAUCUCAGAUCUCAUAUGUACGUACAUUCAGGGUCAUGGCCCUUUAAGUGCCACAUUUGUUCUAGAGGAUUUUCAAAACACACAAAUUUGAAAAACCAUCUCUUCCUUCACACUGGCAAGCCGAAUGGUACGCGCAAGGGCUAAUAAUGUUCUCAGAAACUUUAAGAAAGUUUGUAAGUGAUCUUAGUUUAAGAGUUAUUUAUAUUAUUGUUAUCAAUUUCUCUAUUUAUAUAGAUGGAUAUAUUUUUUGUAAUACGUAUUAGUUUACGUACUCAUAUGUAUAAAUUGUAUAUAAAUAAAAAGUCUUGUAAUAUAAA